AUGUCAAAUGCUCCGGAAAGUGGAGCACUUCGACGAAAAACAUCGGUUAAUAUUCGAGAUACACGAAUUGCUGGAUUAUAUGAUUUGGGAGAAACUAUCGGACAGGGACAUUUUGCAGUUGUCAAAUUGGCAAAACAUGUGUUUACUGGAGAAAAGGUGAGUUUUUUUUCGACUAGACUCUAGUUGAUUUCAUAUGGGAGGGAUAAAAAGAUUGCAAUUAGAUACCGUGAAAACAUGGCACACAUUUGGAUCUCUCAUUUUUCUUUUAAAAAAAUUUUGUAUUUUUCCGCUAGCUUAGCCUUUAAGAUGUGGAAAAAAGCUUUUGCCACAAAAAUAUAAUGUGAGUUAGGGUCUCUGAAAUUUUCUCAAAUAUCCUCCAGGUCGCUGUAAAAAUCAUCGACAAAACAAAAAUCGACGAAGCCUCAACAUCUCAAAUAAUGCAAGAAGUUCGUUGUAUGAAACUAGUUCAACACGCAAACAUAGUUCGACUCUACGAAGUUCUCGACACUCAAACAAAAAUCUUCCUAAUUCUCGAACUCGGCGACUAUGAUCUUCACGAUUUUAUAAGCAAACACGAAAAAGGAGUAUCCGAACAUUUAGCUCAACAAUAUUUUUGUCAAAUUAUGACAGCUAUUGAUUAUUGUCAUCAAUUACACGUUGUACAUAGAGAUUUGAAACCGGAGAAUGUGGUGUUUUUUGAGAAAUUGGGAAUGGUUAAAUUGACGGAUUUUGGAUUUUCAAAUUGUUAUGAACCUGGUGAACAAUUGUCGACUUCUUGUGGAAGUUUGGCAUAUUCAGCUCCAGAAAUAUUGCUGGGAGAUUCGUAUGAUGCACCAGCUGUUGGUAAGGCAUCUUGAUUUUCAAAAUUUUGAUUGCUCAUGUUAAAAAUUAAUUUUCCCUAAUUUUUUGCAGAUGUUUGGUCGCUUGGUGUCAUUUUGUACAUGCUCUUAUGUGGUCGUCUUCCAUUUCAAGAAGCCAAUGAUCCCGAAACAAUCACAAAAAUCCUCGACUGCAAAUAUUCGAUACCCGAAAACAUCUCAAAUGAUUGUGCCAACCUAAUAAGAUCAAUGCUAGUUCGAGAGCCAACAAAACGUGCGACUCUCGAUAAAAUCUGCUCAAAUCCUUGGGUUCAAGCUGGCGAUCAAGGACUAUCGACAGCAAUUCCAUUGAUUGUUCGACAUCAUUUGCCAAUUUCAGCACAUACAACAAUCGUUGAGCAAAUGGUUGCCGGUGGAAUUGCGAGUGAAGAGGAUAUUUUGAGAUGUUUGGAAAAUGAUGAAUAUAAUUCAACAACUGCCACUUAUUAUUUAUUGGCUGAACGGGUUUUGGCAAGUUAUCGAGAAGAACAAGCGAGAGAAAUUAUGGAAAAACACCAAGAGCAAGAAGAAUCUGUUGCAUCGAGAAAGAAUUCGGAAGUUUGUGAGAAUGGUGGAAGUGGAAGUGGAUCUAGAUGUAGAUCAAGAUCGAAUAGUUGGAGAGCAAGACCUUGUUCGAUGUUGAAAGAGGAAAGUGAAGAGGAAUUAUCGACUUAUUUGAGAUCUGCUAGUCGACAAAGUUCAAGGUUUGUAUUGUUUUGGGUCUAGAGAAAUUUCACAUUUUUCUGAAUAAUUGUAUGACUAAAAAGGUUAAUAUUAUUUGGAAUUUUAAUGAUUAAAAAAUUUCGGAAAAAAUUUUCAAUUGGAAAAUUUCACUGUUUCAAGAGUUCCACUUGAGAAAUUUCAUAUUUUUCUGAACUAUUGUUAUUAUCUGCAUUCAUCAGAAAUGUUCUCAAAUUCUCACUGUUUCACGAAUUUUGUAAUUAAAAAAUAUAUCUCUAAAAAUCUGAUUUUCUGACAUUGUUUUACUGUUUCAGAAAUUUGGUUUUGAAAGUUAUGAUUUUAAAAGUGUUUGUUGAUUUUUUUGGCCUUUCAAAUAAAAAUAUUUCAAAUUUGCUAAAGAACAUCUCAGAAAAUGUGUUUUUUACAGUAGAAAUACUAAAUUUGUUUAAAAAAAAUUUUCACUGUUUCAAAUUUUUCGUAUAAAUUUUCUCUUUUUGGAAUCUUUCAUGAAUAUAGUUCUUGACAAUACUAUAAAAAUGUUGAUAAAAGCUUUUAUGGAGAUUUUUCGACUGUUUCAGAAAUUUGGUAUAAAAAAUUUGUAUUUUAAAGGUGUUUGUUGAUUUUUUGGUCUUUCAAAUAAAAAUAUUUCAAAUUUGCUAGAGAGAAAAACAUUUCGAAAAAAAUUGAAAUUUUGAUUUUUUCUACAAAUUUCGCUGAAGUGAGAAUUUUUUGACGAAAAAAAAUAAUUUUCAAUAUUUCUGACUGUUUCAAAAUUAUCCUACAGAAAGUUCGAGUUAUCGAAAUAUUUAUUCAAAGAACUUAUCUUUGAAAAAAAACGACAAGAAUUUUGUCACUGUUUCAAAAUUUUGCUUAAAAAUUUUGCUGUUUCGAAUUUUUCAUUAGUUUUUCUUGAAAAUACAAUAAAAAAUGUUGAUACAAUUUUUUGUGAAGGUGAAAUUUUUUAAAUAAAAAACAUCUAAAAAAACUGUUUCAAAGUUUUUGUAUUAAAAUUUUUUAAAAAAUAUUCAAUUUUCUCGUCAAAAAAAAUCCAAAAACCCGCCUGAAAAUGUUGUUUGAUACAAGCAUGUGCACAUCACCCUCCAAAAACAACUCGCAACUCACAAAUUGUGUUUUUUUUCCAAUCUCUUGUACCUCUAUUUAUCGGGUGUGUUGUAUUUAGAUUCUACCAAAUGCACGAUUAUAUGUCAUCACCACGAAGUUCAAGUCGUUGUUGUUCCGCACAAUUAUCACGUCAAAAUUCGGAAGAACAACAAUGUGUUGCUCAAGAUGAUUCUCGUCCGGCCACAUUUUAUUUACCCGGUUCAAAUUCAUCAAGUCAUCCAACAACUCCGACAACUUCAAUUGCUGGUGCAAUAAAUAAUAAUCGAUUUGAUGAAUUAUCACCGAUUAAUGAAUGUGGUUUUGAUUUGGAACACCAAAAACCGGAGGAAAAACAAAAAAGACGACGGAGUAUUUUGAAUGAGAUUUGUGAUGAUUCGAUGAAUUGUGGAAAUGGAAGAAAAUCGAGUGAUAGUUGUUUGCAUGUGCACGAUGUUUUGCAAAAAUCGGCGUCGAGUUUGAGAUUGUUGAGAAGGUUUUUUAUUUUGGUUUAAAAUUUUAAUAGAGAAUUGGGUCUUGAUUGGAAUUGGUUCAAAAAUUUAUCCUAAACUUUAAAGUACCCUAAUAAACCUGUGAGCCAAUUUAUAGUGCUCUAAAUAUCAAAAAACAUGAAAAAUGAUAAGGUUGCCCAUAAAAUUCGAGAUAUUGGCUGAAAUAGCAAACGCGCCCCAUCGAACUUCUCUUUUUUUUCGAAAAAUUCAAAUUUUCAUUUUUUUUCUGAUUGUUUUUGAGUCAAAAAUUUGAAAAAUUAGGCUUUUUCAUGAAUUUUGAUCUAAACUAGAAUUUUCAAAAAUUUUGCUGUAAAAAUCUGAAAUCUGAAUUUCAAGUCAAUCUUCCUUUGAAAAAUCUGAAAAUUUUCUAUUUUUCACAUAAAUAUGGCGAAAAACGAUUUUCUAAAAUUUUGAAGCUCUUCAACUCGACUCAUAGGUCCAAUUUGUUCCUUUUCUCAGCAAUUUUCCAAAAAAAGCCCCAUUUUGUGAGGAAUGCAUUUGUAAACCUUAAUUUUCCCCUCAUUUUUCACACAUUCUAAUUUUUCCAGAAAUUCUUCCCCAUCGGUUUCAAUGUUUUCCGGAAUUUCAAGAGAUCGUGUUAGUCCGCAAGCUGUUCAGGAUUUGUUGGAUUUGAAUCGAUUAGGUUGGUUUUUUGAAAUUGAUUUAUUGUCUAACAUGUUUUCCUGGAAAUAAUUGAUUUUUGAAUUGAAAGAGCUGAAAUUGUGUUUUUUAAAAAUCUGAAAUUUGAGAAAAUGGGAAAUUAUUUUGAAAUAAAUCCCGAAAUAUUUACGUUUCAACAAAAUUCGAUGAAUAUUUCUGAAGAACUGAAAAUUUAUUGAAGUUGAUGUUUUUGUUGGCAAAAUUUUCAAAUUUUCUAGGAGGUGGUCGUGGUCGAGCUGCAAGUCCAGAAAGUUGUCGAAGUAGUCGAUCUCCAUCUCCGCCAGCAUCAAGCAGCGGAAGAACAUCACCAGCAAUGUCAACAAUCUCAUCAAUGUCUCGUCUAAAAGUCGGAACAUCAACAUCUUCUAGUGGAAUGCGAAAACUCUCCUCAUCCCCACAUCUUUUAGGAAUUUGCGAGGAAACUGAGGAAUCUGGAGAGGCUAGCAAUUCAACAUCAAAUCAACUAUUGAAUCCGAAUAACAUGAGCAAUGAUUUGAUUCGAGUUGGACGAACAAAUCGAAGCGCAUCAACUGGAGUUGUUCACAAUCGACAUCAUUCUGUGCACGCAUCGAAGAGUUCUGCGGGAAGCUUGGUGACUUCGAAUUCAUUGACACCUUCACCGAAAACAUCGACGACUUCUAAUUUUGUACCAAAUACUUAUAGUGCGGUUAGAAUGAUUCGACCAAGACAAGCUAUUGUAUCACCAGGUAUUAUUUUUGGGAUGAAGAGAGGAUGAAAUCAGACAAAAAAAAAUUAAAGAAACCUCAUACAAACUUUGAAACAGUCAAUUUUUUUGGAAUUUAUUUUUCAAAAAAAAUUGAUAUGAACAUCAUGAAAAGUUAAUAAUAAUUUGUUUCAAUAAAAAUUGGAUUUUUAAAAAAUAGAAGGGGGUUAUUGAACAGGCGGAAAAAAAUUAAGCAAAUCUCAUAUAAAUUUUGAAACAGUAAAUUUUUUUGAAUUUAAUUUUUCAAAGAAGAAUUGAUAUUAAAAUUAAAACCUCAUUUACAUUAGAACAAAAUUAGAUUUUUUGAAAAAAAAAUAUUUAAAAAGUAAUUUUUAGGUCCAAAUUCUUCCGAAAUCAGAAAAUUUUGAAUAAAAAUUAUGCUGUUUCAACAAUUUUAUGAAUUCUGUAUUAUUUCUUUAUUUCAAUAAUUGAUGUCAUGUUAGUAUUUCAACAUUUUCAUGUAAACUACAUUUUCCAUGUUAUGAAUUGGAAAAGUAGGAAAAAUGACUUGUAUUUUUGAAAGCAAAAAUAUUUCGAAGAGCGAACUUUGGUUAUGAAAAAAAAAAUGAAAAAUACAACUUUUACACAUCAUAACUGAUUCUCCAAAAUUUUAUUAUUAUUUUUUGAAAACUUUACUGUUUCAAAAGUUUCUUGAAUUUUUCUAUUGUUCGAACGUUUUUGAUGAAUGUAGGAUUCACAAGGGAAGUGUAUAAGGUCCCGGAAUAAACUUUUGAUGAAACAUACCAAAUCGACCAUGCUGCUCACGAAUCCGAAGUCAAAAAUUGCCACAAAUGCCUGUGAGCACUUUUCUGGAGCUCCAAAGUCAGAAUUGAGUUUUGGUCUUUGCCCAUUUUCACCUUGUUCCUGGGUGCAAAAUCAACUUUCAUAUAUCAAAUAAGGUUGUUCACCACAUUCGAAAACCUAUCAGCUUUUUAGUUUUUCAAAAAAUAUGAAAAACCAGCUGAAAACUGCAAUUUAUAAAAAAGUCCUGAAAAUACACACAAAUACACACAAACACACACGUUUUUUGAAGUUUUUUGUGCGUUUUUGAAAAUUACAGUUUUCAGCUCGUAUUUCAUAUUUUUUGACAAACUAAAAAGCAGAUAGAUUUUUGAAUGUGGUGAACAACCUCAUUCAUGUUAUAAAAGUUGGUUAUUCACCCAGGAAUAUGGUGAAAAUGGGCGAAAACCCAAACUCAAUUUUGACUUUGGAGCUCCAGAAAAGUGCUCACGGGCAUUUGUGGCAAUUUUUGACUUCGGAUUCGUGAUCAGCAUGGUCGAUUUGGUAUAUUUCGAUAUGUUUCAUCAAAAGUUUAUUCCGGGACCUUAUACAUUGUCAGGUGAGAAAUUUAUGACGUGGAAAAAUUUUAUUAAAAAAUAGAGAAAUCGGUUCUGAAAAAUUGACUGUUUCAAAUAUUUUUCAAACAUGAUUUUUGUAUAUUUCCAUGAUCAACGAUUGUUUUUAAUUUUAAAAAUUCACUGUUUCAAAAAUUCUUCAAACAUGGUCUUUGUUUUUUACCUACAGUGAGUCAUCCUAAUCUUCUGAAAAAAAUCAUUUUUUUGCAGAUGUCUGCCGACGCUAUGAAAGAUUCGCAAUUCGAUCCCGUCGAAGUACAAGUUGUUCAUCAUCCGAAGCUUCAGACGAAGAUGAUUCGAGACGAUUAACAAUGUUAUCCUCGAAAUGCGGGAAAUUCGAUGAAAAACGCAAAGAAAAUGAUGACGAUGAGGGAAAUGGUGGAUUUAUUGGCGAGAAAAAAGAUGAAGCAGGAGGUGGUGGAAAUUCGGAAAGAAGAGAAGUUAGUGGAAGUGGAGAUGGAGGAGAACAAGAAAAAGGGCAAAAUAAGGGAAGUGGGGGAAAUGUGGAUAAACGAUGUGUUCUGAUGGAUCUACCACUUCGCCCCAUUCCUGAAAUGACACUUCUCGAUCAAACUUUGAAUCAGGAUUAUGAAUCGCCGGGAUGUGUUUCGCUAAAAGAUCGCAUUUUUCAUGCAUCCUUCUCGCAACAAACUAUGAUUCGAAAAUGGACUGAAAUUGAGAAAACGAAACCGAAUGAUAAUUUGAAUUGGUUUGGAACACCGCCAAGAGAUAAUUAUGAAAAAGAAAGAGAAAUUGAGAAUGAAAAUAUGGGCGGAUGGAUGAGAUGUUUGAGAAGAACAAAAUCGAGCCAUCAAUUGAAAUGCUCGUAUUUGACUGGGGAAGAAAAUGAGGAAAACGAUGAAGUUGAGAGCCCGAAUUGGCGGAUUUUGAAGGAAGAAGAUGAGGAACAUGAUAUUAGUGAAAGUAGUGUGAGUUUUUUGACUUUAAAAAUUUGAAAAUACAAGAAAUUCCAAUUAUUUUGAGUCUAGACACGACUUUUUUCCUUUAAAAUUGGGUCGUAGCGAAUUUUUUCCGUCCAAUUUAUCCUGGUGAUUUCAUGUUCCUUUAAAUUGGGUUUCUCGUCACAAAAAUACGAAUUUUAAAGGAACAUGGGUCAAUUUACACUCAAAUUUAUCGGAAUUCUGUGUUUUCGCAAUUUUGAACGUAGAAAAAUAAUUUUGAAGUCGAUUUUUGGAUUCUUCUUGGAAUUCCGGUUAUUUUGAGUAUAAACAUGACUAUGUUCCUUUAAAAUGUAUAUUUUUCCGCAGCGAGACCCAACUCAAAGGCGCAUACAAUUUUAUACUAAAAACCUCUAUUUUUCCAGAAUUCCACAUCAUCUUCCCCGAAUACAACUCAAAAAAUGUACAAUGUCUCGAAAUUCUCAUAUCUUUCAACUCUUCCCGCCGAAAAAGUCGAUCGUUGGCUGAAAUGUGCGGAAUUUGUUUUCUAG